AUGGCAGAUGUUUCGGAGCAGUCGGGGGCAUGGUGGAAGUCUGUUAUGUUGCUGGUGGAGAGCGCCUAUGUACGGUGGUUAAAUGCUACCCCUAGCUAUUGGCGGCUACACAGUGUUUCUCAGAAGCACAUUUCAGCCUCGCAGGACUCGUCGUUCAGGACGGCGAUGCUGCGGACUACGCUUCGCCUGGACGGGCAACCGUCCUUGGAUCAGGUACGAUCGUACCAGCGGCACUUGCAGGCGGAGCUCGAGAACUUGGCGGCCGCUCACCCAUCUACUACUACGACAACCCCUCACGCGAGGGCCGCGGAAGGACCUUCGACGCCAACGUCACCUACUACAACCAAGGGUGGUGGCAAGCAGAAGGACAAGAGUGGUGAGCUUUGCAGGUACUUUGCCAGUGAAGCUCCGAUUCAAGGUGUCCCCUGGACCAUGGAGACGCUGAUGCAGGCAGCCCAGCAGGUGAUCCAGAACCAAUCCUCAACUUCGCCUUCCGGAGAUUCGUCGCCUGAAAAGACUAAGCCCCAGGUCAGGGUGUUGGCGAUAAGGGACAUUCGGGUGUCUUCAAUGAACGACACGACCUCAGCACUCUUGGACUCGGGCGCCACGCAUUGCCUACGAAGCGCAGUGGACAGUAAAGAAUGGCAGGAGGCGGAAGAAGUCCUGGUGAGGCUGGCGGCAGACAGGUCGCUGACACUGGGGUACACCCUAACAUGGUCUCCGCAGGGAUGCAAGUUGCGAGAUGAGUUUGGUGUGGACAAGAAGAGGGAGAUGCUGGAGAACCAGACCACGGCGACCAUGGAUGCGGUGACCUUGGCAGCGAUGAGGCUGGAGAUGUCGCGGAGGGAUCAUUUGGAGCAGUACGUCAAGGACGGGACGAUGGAGGCAGGUCUGCGAGCUCUACGAGAUGUUCCAUUCCUACAGGACGUGCCGGGUGAGUGUGUAGAUGGGCUCAUUCAGACGGGUCUCCACAAGAAGGGAUGGAAGGUAGUAAAGGAGGUGGACUUUCUUACGCGCCCCCAGAAUAGGCACUUGUUUGGGGCAAGAAAGUGGAUCGUCCAUGUAUGCGCUGGCAAUCCUGGACACUACCAGUUCUUCCAGCUCGAUGAUGGCCACACUGCCGUGCUGGAAAUAGACCCAGACCGCAACCGAGGCCAGGAUCUGAUGAAGAGCUCCACGUGGCGAUUGCUUCUUUGGGGCGCGCUCACGGGGAGGAUAGACUCUCUCAUUGGAGGACCCCCAGGUCGAGGCGCUUCCUUCAACCACAUCGACAAGUACGGCGACAAGGACCUAAGGAGUUUGACCGUGAUUACAAGGAUGUUGUGGUUGUACACAAUAGCGACGGCCUCCCGGAUGGCAUGUUCAGGGGAAGUGCAGCAGCAACAUCACGGUCGUCCAGUGAGCUUUGUUUUGGAGCACCCCGCGGAGGAGAUCCGAGCAGAGCAGUCCUGGUGGAAAACGCCUAUAUGGGAAAUGUUACAGGAGGAGAUGGGGAUGUCCAAGGUUACGUUUGACCAAAAAUGUAUGGGGGCAUCGAGUUCGUCCUUAACAACCAUGGGAACCAACAUCUACUACUUGAUGGGGUUGAACGGUGUAGGUCGCGACUUGGACCAAGCCACGGAAGGUGAAAGUGGACACCGAGGAAGCGGAGUCUGGUCACCAGGACUUGUGAAUGCAUUGGUGAUGGCCCUCCGGUUCUGGACGAGCCGCCCUAAGUGCUCCCCAACUCUGAUGGCAAUGUCGCCGGAGCAGUGGAAGCAGCAUGUUCAGUCGGGGCACGCGAACUACCACAGGGAUUGCCUUACAUGUGUUACCUCAAGAGGAACGGGAAGAAGACAUGCUCGAGUUCGACACCCGGAUUCCUUCACACUCACCAUUGACCUGGCGGGGCCGGUGAAGCCUGGUCUGGAUGCUACGUCGAAGGGGACAAUGGGGCGUGGCCUGAAGUAUCUCUUCGUCGCCCGUUAUGUGUUCCCCAGGGAGUUUGCGAAGGCCUACUCGGGACGGUCGCCCCCCGAGGACGAUGGGUUGCGAGAUCCACAAGAAGCGGAGCACAACUACGAGGAGGAGGGUGAUGGCAAGGAACUCGCGAGACCUUCUCUACUACCACCACGUGAAGAAGGGGAGGAAAAAGAUGAAGGCGAGCAUGGUUUGGAGGACCGUGUGGACGGCGAGGAACUUGCAAGACCUUCUCUACUACCACCACGUGAAGAAGGGGAUCCGUUCAGCUUUUAA